UGCAUUAUUAGAAAUGUAAAGUUAAUGUUUUAUUUUAAAACUAAGCGUCAGAGUUUCAUUGUCGUUUUGGAUGUGAAGAUGGACCAAACCUUGCGUUGUGUGCUGGGGUUUUUCUUGCUGAAUUUGAUCCCCCACGGAUUGGCUCAAGAAAUAAUACCAAAGGCUGAACUGAGAGCUGACAGCACAUCAAUUCCAGCAGGGGGCGCUGUGACCCUAACCUGUGAUGUGAACCCUCCAUCACCUGGCUGGACGUACAUCUUGUUCAGAGGAGAUCACUCGGGCACACAAGAUGAUGGUAAAAACUUUAAUGGACGAAUCAGUGUCUCCAAGGGAGGAGUCUACUGGUGCAGAGGAGAGAGAGGAGAACCAGUUUACGACACAGAGUACAGUGAUUCAGUCACUAUCAACAUCAUUUUAUCAAACAGAGCUGUUGUGACUCUUCAGCCCCAUUGGACUGAGAUACACAGCGGAGAGAAGAUCACUUUGAGAUGUGAAAUCGAGGGUGGAGACGACUCUGAGUGGGAGUAUGAGUGGGAAACAACCAGCUCUGAUAGAUCUGUAAGACAAAGUGAAUCCUUUGAAAUCACUGCUACUUCUUACAGUGAAGGAGAAUACAAGUGUAAGGGAAAACACAAAACUGAGGUACUUUCUUCAACACAGUGGAGCACUCCAAUCACAUUGACAGUAUCAGAACAAAAACCAAAGCCUGAGCUGAAGGCUGAUGUCACAGAUAUUCCAGUAGGAGGUUAUGUGACCCUGACCUGUGAUGUGAGCUCUUCAUCUGGUUGGCAAUACUACUUUUGGUACAGAGCAGAUAAAUCCUCUAACCCAUCAUCCAUAAAUGAAUUCUCCUCGGCUGGACAAAAGCGUGUCUCAAAGGAAGGACUCUACUGGUGUAGAGGAGCGAGAGGAAACCCAGUUUACUACACAGAGUACAGUAAUACAAUUCAGUUAAAAGAAAAUACGGUUGCAAACAAGGCUGUCGUGACUCUGCACCCCAACUGGUCUGAAAUCUACUAUAAAGAGUCGAUUACUCUAAGAUGUGAGAUAAAGGAUGGAGACGACGCUGAGUGGGAGUACGAGUGGAAAACAAGCAACUCAUUCAAACCUCCAAAGGAAAAGGAAUACAGUAUUGGACCUGCUGAUACAUCACACAGUGGAAACUACAGUUGUAAGGGCAGAAAAAAAAGUGACCAGUCUCCAACAGGUUGGAGCGAUCCCAUCACAUUAACGGUUUUAUCCAGUUCACCCCAGCCUGUCCUCACCGUGUCUCCACUCUGGCUGAGUCCUGGAGACUCUGUGACUCUGAACUGUGAGGUUAAACACCCAUCAGCAGGAUGGAGGUUCUACUGGUAUGAAGCUAUUCCCAAACUAUCUGACAACUCCUACAACUCCUACAGCUACCAGCUGCUACCUGGAAGCAGAAAUGGAACUGAAAAGUAUUCCUUCAUUGUUCAUGGACAGACACACACAACAGGAUAUGUGUGCAGAGCUGGAAGAGGAGAAAUUAACACUCCUUAUAGUGAACCAAAGUUUGUCUGGUCUGGAGAUUUGCCUUCAUCAGCAUCUCUCACAGUGAGUCCUGAAAGAGUGCAACACUUCACCUCUGAUUCUGUCUCACUGGAGUGUAAGGGGAACUCUACUCAGUGGAGAGUGAAGUUUCAAAGGGACAGCUUCCUGGCAGAUUGCUCCCUGAGGGAUACAAUGACUGGAUCAACAUGCACAAUAGAGGAAAACAGAUUGAGAAAUAAUGUGUACUGGUGUGAGUCUGGAUCAGGGGAGUUCAGCAACGCUGUCAACAUCACUAAACAGAAGUAUGAUAUUAUCCUGGUGAGCCCUGUCCAUCCAGUGACUGAAGGAAGUUCAGUUAGUCUUAGCUGCAGAUUGAGAAGCCCAGAUAUUGUUUCCAAUGUGUUCUUCUAUCAGAAUAACAAACUCAUUCAAAAUGAUACCAGAAAGGAGCUUAAUAUCUCUGCUGUGUCAAAGUCUGAUGAGGGCUUCUACAAGUGUCAGACCUCAGGGAGAGAGUCGUCUCAGAGUUGGAUGUCAGUAACAGUUGUAGCGGUGUCCAGGCUUGGGAACCCUUCAUAUCCUGUAAUUCUCGUGAUUGUCGGGCUGAUUUGUGGAGUAGUACUUAUAAUUCUUCUGCUCCUGUUGUAUCGCUGCAGGCAGUCAAAGGAUUCAUGCCUUAUCAGGUCAAUCCAGUCUGAAAGCACCAACCAGGACUCGGCCACAAAUCCGGCCGCUCAGCAUCAUGAAUACUCAUCUCCCCUGCAGGGUGACGCGUGUCAUUAUGAAUCAAUCAAAGGCCCUGAAGACACCGCACAUGAUGCAAACCACUCCCAGUCCCAGGAUGUUACAUAUUCUCUGAUCGAGCUCAGAAACAUCGGAAAGAAAGGGAAGAAACCUGAACCAGACAGCACGAUUUAUUCUGAUGUGAGGUUAGAAACAGAAGAUCCAUCUGUCCUUUAUUCUCAAGUCAGCUGCCAUAAUCCAGGUAAAGCCAAGAAAACAAAG